AUGCCCACACCAACUGUACCAGCACAUUCGAGCGGACCGCCUAGCAGUAACUUGGCGCACGCUAGUCGCGAUCCUUGUCGAGCAGGAAGAGGAGAUCCACGUGCAGCCAAGAGACCGUAUUCCGCUGGCGAAGGACCGGUAGCGCCUACACAAGGAGACCACGACGCUCUGAAGCGCGUCAAGUCCAGCGGUGCAGGCGGCGAUAGCGCUUCAACUGGUCAUUUUGACGCAAUCGCUGAACUUGCGCGCAACACGACUUCACAAAACCUCGACAUGCUGCCACCAAACGAACGGCAGAUGCUGCUGGCUUUCAUGCAGCAGAACAAUAUUCCAUUUGGAACGGGACAAAGUGUUUAUGAUGGUAUUCAAGUUCAUCAGGGUGCUUAA